UGCAGAGAGCUGACACUGUUCAGACUGCCACGACAAACGCACCUGUUUCUGCGCCCUCUUGAUCGGUUUCCACAGGCGCAAACCCACGUUUUCAUACCUGGACGCGCACAUGGAAAGAAAAGGAGCGACUUUGGAUGAAACUGCGCUUUGAGUAAAACGAGGAACAAAACACAUCUCGGCUGCGUAAAAGGCGAAAAAUAUCCGACAGAAUGGAAACGAAUGGGAUUGAGAAGAAACCAGGUAUGGAGGGAGAUUCAGACCUCCAGUUCCUCCUGCAAGGAGGAGACCUCCUCAAAGUCCGAUCCACAUCAUGGAAGAAGACCCGCUACUUCAGACUGCAAGAGGACUGCAAGACCAUGUGGCACGAAUCGAAGAAGACCUUUGGGAAAAAUCCGACUUGUGAGUGCUGCCGCCCCAGCUUUACCCCUGAAUUUUCAUUGGACGACGUGUCUGCGUUGCGGCUGGGUCGUCAGUCUGAGGGUUUGAGGAAGUACACAGAGGAGCAUGUGGAGGGACGAUGCUUCUCCAUCAUGUUCAAGAACCGUCGCAAGAACCUGGACCUCAUAGCCAGCUCAGAGGAAGAGGCCAAGCAGUGGGUGAACAGUCUGCAGAAACUAAUGUCCAACCUGAGCAACCUCAACAGCCAGGAGAAGGCAGAGCACUGGAUCUUCAAUUGCAUGAGAAAAGCCGACAAGAACAAAGAUGAAAAGCUGAGUCAGUCGGAGGUGAAGAACUUCAUGCGUCUGAUCAACAUUGAAGUGGACGACGACUACGCAGACAUGCUCUUCAAGAAAUGUGACAAGUCAAACAGCGGAUUCCUGGCCGGAGAGGAGAUCGAACAUUUCUACGACCUGCUGACCCACCGGGAGGAAAUCGACGUGAUCUACGGAGAGUACGCCAAAACCACCGGCUACAUGAGUCCGGAAAACCUGGUGGAGUUCCUGAUGAAAGAACAGAGGGAGAAAGCCUCGCUGACGGAUGCUCAUAAGAUUAUUGAAAGUUGUGAGCCAGAUGACAAAGUCAAGGAGAAGAAGCUUCUGUCCAAAGACGGCUUCCUCAUUUACCUGCACCAUCCAGAGGCUUUGAUCCUGAACCCGGACCAUAAAGACGUGUACCAGGACAUGGGUCAGCCCCUCAACCACUACUUCAUCUCCUCCUCACACAACACCUACCUCAUGGAGGAUCAGCUCAAAGGGCCCAGCAGCACCGAGGCUUAUAUCAGGGCUUUGCUGAAGGGCUGCCGCUGCGUGGAACUGGACUGUUGGGACGGAUCAGACGAUGAACCGGUGAUCUACCACGGCUACACCCUCACCUCCAAGAUCCUCUUCAAGGAUGCCAUCAAAGCCAUUAAAGAGUAUGCGUUUAAGACCUCCGACUACCCUGUGAUCCUGUCUCUGGAGAACCACUGCAGCGUGAAGCAGCAGGAAGUCAUGGCCCAACACAUGAGCUCCAUCUUGGGCAGCGCCCUCGUCACCACGCCGCUGGGCGACGGCAUGCCCACAAACUUCCCAUCUCCAGAGGAGCUUAAAGGGAAGUUCCUCAUCAAAGGGAAGAGGUUGAACAAACUGGAAACGUCCUUCGCUGCUGAGGCUGAAGCUGCCGAGGACACUGACGUAACAGAGGAGGAAGAGUCCAACGAUGAUGAAGAGGAUGAGCAGAAGGCGGAAGAGCAGAGCAAAAAGAAAAAGAAGCUGAAACUGGCCAAGGAGCUGUCGGACAUGGUGAUCUACUGUAAGAGCGUCCACUUCCAUGGGUUCGAAGAUGCCCGACAGAACCUGAGCUUCUAUGAGAUGUCAUCCUUCAAGGAGAAAAAGGCCAUAGCUCUGGCGGAGGAGUCGGCUAACGCUUACAUCCGUCACAACAUCGACAAGCUGAGCCGCAUCUACCCAGCAGGAACCAGGACUGACUCCUCCAACUACAACCCCGUGCCCCUGUGGAACGCCGGCUGCCAAAUCGUUGCCUUAAACUUCCAGACUAACUGCACAGACAUGGACGUGAACCAGGGACGAUUCCUGGUCAACGGGAAGAGCGGCUACGUCCUGAAACCGGCCUACAUGAGGGACCCAACGACAGAGUUUGACCCCAUCACGUUGACCCGAGGAGACUGGCUGAAGCACAAGACUCUCCAUGUCAUGAUUAUAUCAGCUCAGCAGCUCCCCAAAGUCAACAAUAAGAAAUCCUCCAUCGUGGAUCCUUUGAUUAAAGUGCAGAUUUAUGGAGUUCCUGCAGAUGUGGCCGAGAAGGAAACCAAUCCCAUUGAAAACAACGGUUUUAACCCCUCGUGGAAUGAAAACUUCCAGUUCGAUGUGUACGUCCCAGACCUGGCACUGCUGCGCUUCCUGAUCGAAGACCACGACUCUACGUCUGACAACGAGUUUGUUGCGCAGUACACGCUCCCAUUCAACAGCCUAAAAAUGGGAUACAGACACGUUCCUCUGUUCAAUAAGAACGGAGACCGCCUCCCCUCGGCCGGACUCUUCAUACACAUCAUGCUCCUCGAUGCCGAGUAAAACGCCACCGAUCGGCCUGUCUCCACAGAACCCAGCUGUGUUUUUUUUUUUUUCAAAUCUAUUUUUCUCUACAGUUCUAGUUCAUGAUUAACGUUCUGGCUUAUGUUCAGCAGUUUGAGCAGGUACAAGUCAAACACUUUUCUCAAGGGACAACAAGCGUCACAUUGUCUGCACCGGGUUUAGUCAUUCAGGGGGCAGUGGGUUCGCACAUGCAGAUACUGUACAUAAACACUGUUUUUUUUAAAUUUUAUUUUAGACUUUUUAAUCCAUCUGAACCACACUGCAGGGACGUGAUACAAACUGUCAGCUGGUUUGUAUGAGUUGCACUAGUCUAUGGUGGCAUUUGAUUUUUUUUUUUUUUUCCAGCUUUUGUCCCUCAUCUCUGCUGUUUUUUAAUGUAUCGUCUAUUUAAGGCCCUUUUUAAUGAGUUCUGGAUCAACAUAAGCCGACACAACGUACUUUGUUUUAUUCUUUAAUUUUAGUCAAGUAUGAUUAAAUUUUUCAUGUAACUCCUUCUUUAUCUUUUUGUAAAUCAAGAUGAAGAUGAAAGUAUAACACAUGAGCACGUGUCCCAGUCUCUUCUUUUUCUUCCAGUGGUUUGAUCUGGUUUCACUGGUUUGAAUGCAGUUUAGUUCUUUGCACUUAUUUUAUACAUCUUGAAUACAGGAUUUCCCUUGGGGUCAUAUAAGUCUUUAAU